GAGUGAGAGAAACGUUUUAAAACUCCAUCCUGCCAGGAUCUUCCAGGGGGUUUAACUAGAGAUGACUGACGUACUGCGGCUGCUGUCAGAAGAGGACAGACGGACUUUGCCUGUUCUGCCUCAGCUCUCUAAAGACGAUAUUGACUGUAUUUGGGCAGAUGUAUCAUCCUACAUUGAACGUCAGAUGACCUUACUGAAGGGGGUCAACCUGCCUGGACUGGGAACCUUCACCUUCUCUCAGCAGAAGUUAGACAUUGGAAACAAAAUCACAGUGAUCCAGCGACCCAUCUUCGUUCUGGCUGGGAAACUGCUCCAGUCUCUGGGUUUAAAACAGGCCAGACCGCUGGCUGCAGCAACUCACCUACCGGUGGUGCAGCUGAACUUUGCAGCUGUUUCACAAGAGACUCCGUUCAGUCGAGACGUCGUCGAGGGUUGCAUUAGAGAAACCCUUUUGCUACUCUUCAAAGCUUUGGCCUCCGAUAAAAACGUAUUCCUCACUUUUGCGGGAAUUGGAGUUCUGUCCUUUAAGAACAACAAGGUGCAGAUGAAAUUCAACAGAGAUUUUAUAAAUGCCAUGGAUGGAACCGGUAGACUGCUGCUAGCACUUAAUAACAGACAUGGCAGCAGUGUUUCUUUACUGUCUGGUGGACUGUCCAGGCUUCAGAGGCCACAGACUGCCAACUUCAUCACCCUGCCAACUGUCUGCUCUCCUCAGUCACACAACAAAGCCGGUGACAAAGAUGGACGGUGUUUGUCACCAGCUCCAGACCAGAGGAACGCAGGAGGAGUUCCCCAACAGAGAGAGUCUAAAUCCCAUCAGACACUGCAGCCCGCCAAGAUGAAAGCUGUCAGCCUAACUGAAGAACUAAAUCCAAAACCCCCUAUGGAGGCCACAGACAAACCCACCAACUCAAGACAAGUGGUGCCUCCAAAACUGGAGGAACAUCUUGUUAAUGCGAGCUGCUCUGGACACACUCGUGCUGGACAGGAGCUGUGCUACCUUUGUAUGCAGAGAGCCCAAAGAAAUGUUCCGGUUUAUCUGAGGGAGCAGCAGGAGGCAGCGGAGAAAGCUCAGGAGAAACUCUUACUGCUCAAAGAACAACAGAGAGACCAGCAGUAUAUGGAGGAAGAACAGGCAAAGCUGAAGGAACAACGAGAGCAUGCAAAACAGGUUGCUACAUUCAAUCUGCAAAUGUCAGAGAAGAAAGAGAAGACUGACGGUGGUGUGCAUCCCGUGAGUAGGACUGAAUGGGAAGGCUGUAACCUUUAUAAUUUCAUUUCCCUGGCUGGUUUGACAACAGGUGUGAUUGAGCAUUGUAAGAAUUCAUUCAUCUUCCCAACUCGUCCCCUCACACCUCCCAGGAGGAUUCAGCAGCAUCGAUACAUGAACGAUCUUCAGAGCCAGAUAGGAAACCGACGGAAACAUGAAGCAGAAGACCAGCAGAACCGACUUCUGAUAGAGCGUCUAGACCAGGUCCAGCUGAUACAGGAGAUAGCUUUGCAGAAGGCUCAGCAGCUCCAGCAGAAACAGGAGAAAACCAGGCAUUACAAGAGGGCUCUGGAUACUCAGGUGGAGGAUAAGAAGUGCACAGAACCUCCAGAGUUCCUGCUGGACAACUCCAGGUUCAGUCGCUGUAAGACAGCAGCCAGCAACACAGAGAGCCGAGAAAGAGCCCAGAAGCUCUUCCAAGUGAAUUUCAGGGCUGCCACUGACAGGAAGAAGGAGGAAUUACAAAACCGCCAGCAACAGUUGGAGAAAGAAGGAGAGAUGCUGCAACACAACAAAAUGGAGUUAAUUCUGGAUCGCAUUAAUCGCUUUGAGAAGAAGCGGGACAUCAGUAAGUCGCUAGAAAACGACUGGAGUCGCAGUGCGAAGCUCAAACACAAGCGAGAGGAAGAGGAGAGACGAUUUCUGAGGUCUGCUGGUCAGCUCCUGGUAGAUAAGCUUGCAGAGUACAAGCACUGCUGCCAGUGUAAGAGAAGAACCACCAACUGUGGAGAGACCAACAUCUGGAAGGAGUCUCAUUACCUCUCUGGCUCUCAGUUCAUGACCUGAUGAUGAACAGUGAAGCCUGCAGCACCACUUGAUCAUCAAUACCUCACAGCCCAAACAAGACCUCAACACCUUCAACUCAUCAGCCACUAAACAUCCAAACGAUAUGUUCUGCUUAUAUGAAGCUUUGGUGUCACGGUUUGCAGUGCUAUUUGCUGUUUUAACUGCUCCUUUCUGAAAUCAGUCUUUGGAGUUCAUGCUUGUUGCACUUUAAUCUUCCAUAGAUUAUAGUCAUUUUUGUUGCUUAUACGUCCCACGAUUGCAAGCUACAGAUGUCAGCCAUAACAUAAUCUCUCAGUCUCUUAGAUAUUUUACUCAAACACACACAGGUACUUCAGAUUUGCUGCAGCUCUGUGCUAAAAUGUCCUGAUAGCCUUCAUGGUUACGGCACAUGCCACAUUUACAGCUUGAUUCCAGCCGACAUCACACCUUGUUGUAUGAUGUUCCUGUUACUUGCCUACCUCUGCAUGAUCCCGCCUAAUAAACAUAAAGACCAUGAAGUUAUCAGUGUGUACAGAGUUUAACAGCUCAGCCACUUCUCAUUUUGAGACAGAGAUAACACAUCCUGUUUAUUUUAUGUGUGUUUUGCAGAAUUUAAAUAACACAAGAGUCACAGAGGGCUGCUCAGUGGCUCGGUGGUUAGCACUUUCUCCUUGCAGCUAGAAGAUCUCCGCCUUCCUUGGAUCUUUCUGCAUGGAGUUUGCAUGUACUCUACAGGUACACUGGUUUCCUCCCACAGUCCAAAACCAUGCUGAGGUUAACUGGUAACUCUAAAUUGUCUGUAGGUAUGAAUGCGAGUGUGACUGUUUGUAUAUGUAGCCCUGUGACAGACUGGUGACCUGUCCAGGUGUCCCCUGCCUUUGCUCAAGUCAGCUGGGAUAGACUCCAACCCGACCCUAAUGAGGAUUAAGCGGUGUUUAGAUAAUGGAUGGAGGGAAGAAUCACAGCUGAGCUGACAUCUAUCCUCUGUGCAGGGAUUCAGACUGAAACCAGCAUUGCAGUCAAAAGGGGUGUGUGAUGUCUAAGGAAAUCCAGCAACAGAUUAAUGUGUUGAAAGAUGCUUGAACUCUGCACACAGAUUUGGAAUAGCCUGACAGGGUUUUACAACUCUGGAAAGUUCUGACAGUGGAAAUUAUUUUAUAUCAAACUGCAGCAAUCACAAGCUAAAUUGUAGAAAAAUGGUAUUUACAUGAGCAUCCUGGUUGCAUCACUGGUCUGGCUUCACUUAAAUGAAUAAGAGGGCUGUGAUUUCUAUGUAGGGCUCCAGUCGGUGGGAACAAUCUUAUCUACUGGCGAGGGGAACUCCUUUGAAGAGUUUUGGAUUCAGUUAGUGACAACAGUGAUUUCUUACAGUCAGUUCGCUUUGAGGAUUCAUUGUUACAGAUGUGUUUGUCUGUGCACUCACCAUCUCUAGUUUGUACAUGCAUUAUACAGUUUUUUGAUUUUAUCUGGUGUCAGCUCCUUUUCAAUCUGCUCAAAAAGCAUAUAAUCCUGCAAGCGCCGAGGAACGCCCUACAACUGUCCUGAAACAUCACAGAAAACCUCUCGAAACAGCCUGUGAAUCACCUAAAGCAUCCUAACAACCACCUAUUACCCCGUUAAGACUUUAGGCGUCCUCUAAAUGCAUGCAGACACAUGCAUCUGUUGAAACAGAUCAAACGGAGUUAAUACUGUUUAGCUACCACAGUAAACACCAUAGCCGGUACCUAGCAGGAAUCUAGUGACAAGAAGAGUCUAUCCCAAGUAAAACACAAGUAAAUUUCCCAUAAAAACGUUUCGCCUUCAACACCUCAACAGCAACCAAAUGAGAAGGUCUUUAUUUUGGCUUUACCUACGAUACUGUUGUUAUUUACUGCAUAUAUGUGCUGUAUGAUUGUUUCUUUGUGCUUUACCCUACUUGUAUCUUACUCAGAAUAUGUACAAUAUUUUCCUUUUUUUUAUUUUGUAUUGUUUGAAUAAAUGAAUAAACAAGCAAAUCUCUA